ACACCUCUCCGUUCCAUAGUCAUCGUCAGACGGUACAAUGGGUGUGACAAUCGAAAGAAUUUCUUCCGGUGAUGGUGUAACCUUCCCCAAAAAAGGUGAUAAAGUCACAAUACAUUACGUCGGUACCCUUCUCAAUGGCCAAAAGUUCGAUUCGAGUAGAGAUCGGGGUUCUCCAUUCGAAACAGAGAUCGGUGUUGGUAAAGUAAUCAAAGGCUGGGACGAAGGCGUUCCACAACUAUCGGUUGGCGAGAAAGCCAUUCUCACAGCCACUCCAGAUUAUGCUUAUGGUGCCCGUGGAUUUCCUCCAGUCAUACCUCCUGAGUCGACGUUGCGUUUUGAAGUCGAGCUACUCAAGAUUAACUAAUCGUUGUGUUGCAUGUCAUUGUGUAGGUUUUGAGAUGGGUUUUGCUUUCGGUUUUCUAUGACUGCACUGUGUUAUAACAAUUCCAUUCUGUAUGUUCAUGCAUUCUUUUUGGCUCAAUUAGUGAGACCGGCAGAUUCCAACGCAAAGCAGCGACGGCGUUCUCGUCAGUCCUUAUCUAUCAAUCUACAGAAGCUGAAGAUUAUCGAUCAGUUCGUGCGACGCAUUGCUAUGGCAUUCAGUAGUUCUCUAUGGCGUUCUUCCCUUGUCCUACGGCAUUCCUCAGCGAAUGAUAUAAUAUCAGCCCGCAAAUUCUGAUGCUCUUCUGCUAAUGCAGCUACUAAUUGGCGCGUCUCUUCGCAUGGUUCCUGUCGUCUCUCUUCCC